AUGGUGUUGCCUAGAGUAUACGCAGCUUCUUCGCGCGCAGCUUUGCAAGCUGCCAGACGUGCGGCUCCGUUCCACGGUGCUAGAUGCCUUGCAACGGCUGCAGCUUCCGAGGGUAAGGUGAGAGCUGUCAUUGGUGCCGUUGUGGACGUUCAGUUUGAGCAGGGCAACUUGCCAGCCAUUUUGAACGCCUUGGAGAUCAACACUGCCGACGGCAAGCUAGUGUUGGAGGUGGCCCAGCACUUGGGUGAGAACACCGUCAGAACCAUUGCUAUGGACGGUACCGAGGGUUUGGUCCGUGGCGAGCGUGUUGUCGACACCGGUGCUCCGAUCUCGAUUCCUGUCGGCAGAGAGACUCUUGGCAGAAUCUUGAACGUUGUGGGUGACCCAAUCGACGAGCGUGGUCCUAUCAACUCCAAGACCCGGAUGCCAAUCCACGCAGACCCUCCAGCCUACGUGGAGCAGUCUACCGAGGCAGAGGUCUUGGAGACUGGUAUCAAGGUCGUCGACCUGUUGGCCCCAUACGCCAGAGGUGGUAAGAUUGGUUUGUUCGGUGGUGCUGGUGUCGGUAAGACCGUGUUCAUCCAGGAGCUGAUCAACAACAUCGCUAAGGCUCACGGUGGUUUCUCUGUUUUCACUGGUGUCGGUGAGAGAACCAGAGAGGGUAACGACUUGUACCGUGAAAUGAGAGAGACUGGUGUCAUCAACUUGGAGGGUGAGUCCAAGGUGGCCUUGGUCUUCGGUCAGAUGAACGAGCCUCCAGGAGCCAGAGCCAGAGUUGCUCUAACCGGUUUGACCAUUGCCGAGUACUUCAGAGACGAGGAGGGUCAGGAUGUGUUGCUGUUCAUUGACAACAUUUUCAGAUUCACCCAAGCCGGUUCCGAAGUGUCCGCUUUGCUAGGUAGAAUUCCAUCUGCCGUCGGUUACCAACCUACUUUGGCCACCGAUAUGGGUUUGUUGCAGGAGAGAAUUACCACCACCAAGAAGGGUUCCGUCACCUCUGUCCAGGCCGUCUACGUGCCAGCAGAUGACUUGACUGACCCUGCUCCAGCCACCACUUUCGCCCACUUGGACGCCACCACCGUCUUGUCCAGAGGUAUCUCCGAGUUGGGUAUCUACCCAGCCGUCGACCCAUUGGACUCCAAGUCCAGACUUUUGGACGCUUCUGUUGUCGGCCAAGAGCACUACGACGUUGCGACUAAAGUCCAGCAAACCUUGCAGGCAUACAAGUCCUUGCAAGAUAUUAUUGCCAUUUUGGGUAUGGACGAGCUGUCUGAGCAGGACAAGCUAACUGUCGAGAGAGCUAGAAAGAUUCAGAGAUUCUUGUCUCAGCCUUUCGCUGUUGCCGAGGUCUUCACUGGUAUCCCAGGUAGAUUGGUGAGAUUGAAGGACACCAUCGCAUCCUUCAAGGCUGUCUUGGAGGGUAAGUACGACCACUUGCCAGAGAAUGCUUUCUACAUGGUUGGCGGUAUCGAGGACGUUGUCGCUAAGGCUGAAAAGUUGGCUGCUGAGGCCAACUAA